CCACAAGGGGUCACUCUAGAGUUAGUUGACAAAGAUAAUGAUGGCGCUUGCUUAAGUAAAGCGCGCUGAAGACGACACGGAGACGAAAUUAGAACUUUGUGCUGUCAGGAAAAGGAGUCUUCUUCACGACCCAUGUACUUAAUUGUACAUAGCCAGGGAAACUACUUGCCAAAGUCAGAAACUAAGGGAUUUAGCUACAUAGGAAGCUAGUCUAUUCACAUUGCCAAGAGUUAUUUUUAUGCAACGCCGUGACGGAGAAAUUAACGUUAAGCUAGUUAGCUAGCAAGGCUAGCUGAUUUUUUUGAGCUACUAACGGAUCCUUGAUUUGAGGAUUCAGUCGGUAUUUUUGAGCUUGGGGACAACGGGGCUUACCGUCCCUCAACGUUCACCUUUCCGGCAAAGGUGCUGUCUUGCAGCCGUCUCACCCCCGACUGGGGCUGCAGCUCGGCGAACUGGGUGAAACUCGUAACGCUGCCCGGUGAGGCCUUGCUUGGGCGACAAUGUUCGAAAUAAUGGCUGAGCAUCAAGAUACAAUAUUGAAAUGCAAAACGGAGCCUCUGCCCCCAGAGAGGAGAAAGAGGACAGUGGAGGAUUUCAACAAGUUCUGCAGUUUUGUCCUUUCCUAUGCGGGCUACAUCCCUUCUCCAAAAGAGGAAAGUCCUUGGUCUCCAGCCUCCUCCAGCUCCCCACAUGGCUCUGGGACCUCAGGAGAGCUGGGCAGUAGCAGUGUGGGGGCUAGUUGGGGAGAUGGAAGCUCAGACCUCCGCACCAUCCACACAUUUGUGCGCAAAGCCCGCGCAAACAAAGGCAAGAGCCUGCGUCGCCUGCACUCAGACGGAUCCCUGCUGGACAAGAUGCGCCUCAAGGACUCCCUAUAUGAGGGCCAGGCAGGAAGCAAAAUGGAUCGAAAGAAGGACAAAAAGCUGAAAAAGUUAUCCUUGGGUGCGGGAGGGAGCAAUGGGGGCAGCAGUAACGGGGGAGAAAAACGAGCUCGGAUCAAACGUAGCAAGAACCCCAAACUUCCCAAAUCCCUCAAGAAACUGAAGAGCUCUCCUCGGAGCGAGACAGACUCUGAGACUGGCCCCACCCAGAGGGAGGAGCACAGUGUAGGGGUUGAGCUCACAGAGCAGUGUGCGCCGCCUCAGGGGAUGGAACUGGCCGAGAGGUUGAAGGAGGAAUCGACCAGGGAGGCAGAGAUGAGCUCGAGUGAGGGGGAGACCUGGAUUGCAGAUGAGGACAUCAUGGUGGAGUCAGGUGAUGACUCCUGGGACUUGAUCACCUGUUACUGUGGGAAGCCUUUUGCUGGACGUCCCAUGAUUGAGUGCAACCAGUGUGGAGUCUGGGUACAUCUGUCCUGUGCAAAGAUCAAGAAGUCCAACGUGCCCGACAUCUUUUUUUGCCACAAGUGCAGAGACUGCCGCCUGGACCGACGAUCUGGGCAUAAGAAAGACCCGUAAACCCAGAACGUGAGACAGAUGGAACCACCCACUCAGCACUGUCUUUUCUGUGACCGUCCCAUGUUCUCCACCCCUCUAUUCUGAGAUACAUUUUCUUUUUCUUUUUGUUGAAACAAUACUCAGUUGUGCCCACAACAACUAGUUAUCCCUAAUCAUUCACAUGGAUGGAAGCUGCAUAGUUGGGUCUAAUUAGUGAACAUCUCAAACUGGCUCUAUAACAGAAGUCAUUUCUGUGUAUUUGAUAAGAUUUCUUCUCCAACAAAGUACAGCCAAACUGCUGAAGGUCUGAAAAGCUGCCAGUGGAAAUUGAUAGAUGGAAUGAAAGUGGAACAUCAACUUUACAACCACAGUGCUUAUCCCAGGUAGCAUGUCCUCGCUAGCUGACAAGUAAACCUUUUAACUUCUUUAUGGAUAAACCUGUUUAGUCAUCUUAAGUUAAAUCAGAGUUUUGUAUCGUGGUUACUCAGAUUGUCAUUGGAUAUGGUGUGCCUUUUUGAAUAAAAUUGUGUUCUAUUCAGCAGGGUGUAAAAAUGAAGGACCAGAAAAUCAUAGAAGGGCUGCUUUGUUCAAUUAAGCCUUCAUAAGAAAGAUGUUUCUGUGUGGUUUCCCUCCAGGACGUGAAUGAGAAGGGGCUUUCUUCCUUUCUUCCUUAGAAGAUCAGUCUUGUGUGCUACCCUUGUGCUUACAACAUACUUUUUACUUGCACUCCAAAAACCACCUCUACAGACGGUGAAGCUAUCACUAGAGAAAUCUUACAAUGUCCCCUUAAAAAACCACGUGGGGACCUGAAUUGCUUUUCAGUUUUCUUCACACCUACAAUGAUAUUAGGCUAGUGGGGGGAUGAUUUUUAAGAUUGUGUUCUCCCAGAUUCUCUGAAUCUGUUUGACAGCUCUGUGACGCAAAUGAAAUCAUUUUUUAAAAACAGUUAAAUGGUUUGUUUCAUGAAUUCCAGUCAAAGGAGGGACUCCGCCCCUGACCAGCAUUUUGUUGAGUGGUGAGUUAGCAUUGUAGUGGUACUCUCUCACUCAUGACGUGUCUGUUAGGGUGUUUGUGAAUUAACCAACUAGGAUGUCCUGCUUCAGCAGAGCAUGAAGGUGUACAUGGAUCUUUGUAUCAAACUAUUAUGUAAGAUCUCCCGUGAUGUGAGCAUCUGCACUUAAAAACCCAAGAUCAGAUUUCUCUUGUGUACGGUGUUACUGUGUAUUGUGUUUGAAGCAACUGCCAUGGGGUUCUCUGUGUCUUGGGUCUGUAAUCCAGUCUGUAACCCGGACAUUUAUCAGUUUAUUGUGUUUAUUGUUAUGCAUAAUUACAGGUUUUCUCUGCCAUAGAACGUCACUGUCCACUAGUCAUUUUAUACUCUUGAGAUGGGUGCAGCAAUGUCAGCAGUUUUUCAAGUCAACACGGAAAGGUGCCACUACUCAAAAAGAUGCAGCUCAGUGACUCCUUUAUGGAGCUCCGUUAAAGUGGGAAUAUGCUACUUGUUUUCUGAAUAGUUUUGUGGUUGCUCAAAGUAACCCUGUAAUUGAAUCUCCUAUAUUCCUGCAAAGUUGAAAUAGGAUUCCAGGUUCAAACUGGCAGUUGGAAGGUUAUUUUUUGUGUUAACAAGAAUCCGCUGCUUUUGGAGGGCUGUGUGGAUUUUGAGGUGGUUGGUUGAAGGGAAGGUCGGGAGGGAUCCUCCUAAUGUUGUGGCUCUUUUAUUAGUUGCUGCAAUUGAUUACUUGAUGGCUGUAAUUUAUUUUUUCCCAUGUCUUUUUUUUUUUUUUAUUUUUUUUUUUUUUAAUGAUUCAUCCUGUAAAGCUGGUGGAUGUCUCCCAAAAACAGUUUAAGACAAAUGAGGCACUAUAACAAGCCCCAUUUUGAUUGUUUCUCCUUUAUUUUUUUGUGUACAGAAAGUCAGUUGAUGCCAGAGGUUUGUGGCUUAAUCUUUUCGUUUUCUGUUUUUUGGUUUACAUUUUUUUUUGGUUGAGGGGGAAGUCAGGUUUAGUGCCCAAAAAGGAACCCCACUCUCACCGCCAUUUCCCCCCUCACCCUGUAUAUAUCCUGCCUUUCUGAUAAUUGUAUAUAUGUGAAGGUAAAAAGAUAAAAGCCAAGCAAAUGUUAUAUUUUCAGCAUCUGAUAUUGUUUUCUUUAGUAUCUGUAGCUUGAUAAAUAAACUUUUUUGGGGAGUU